AAAACAUUUUUAUGUUAUCUUCGAAUCUAACUGAGACAAGAAAAAUGGGUUCUUUAUAUCAAGCGUGCUCUUCUUCUGUGGCGAAGAGUGUGUUCUCAUUGGCUUCAUCUCCGUUUAUCAUCACGAGCAGACACAAAAUCACUCGCUACUAUACUAGCAGCUUCAGAGCAUCAUCGACUUCAACUUGUCAAGAUUUAAAGGAAGUGAGAAGCACUGAUGUGGUGGACUUGGAGUAUGCAGAGCUAAACCUCAAGUAUAAGAUAUCUGAGGAAGUGGGUCAUGUAAGAAUCAGACAGCAUGUUAACCCUCUCAGUUCCUCUUUCUCUACGCCAGCUCCAGUUCCUGAUUGGGAGGAAGUUUAUAAGGAUCCAUCGCUACCACUUAUGGUGGAUAUUGGAAGUGGUAGUGGCAGAUUCCUCCUGUGGCUAGCCAAAAAGAAUGCUGAGUCAGGAAACUACUUGGGGUUAGAGAUACGCCAGAAACUGGUCAAGCGUGCUAACUUUUGGGUGAACGAGCUGGGACUUUCUAACGUACACUUCAUAUUUGCAAAUGCCAUGGUUUCCUUUGAUCAGCUUAUAUCAAGCUAUCCUGGACCGUUGGAGUUUGUCUCAAUCUUGUGUCCGGAUCCACAUUUCAAGAAACGGCAUCACAAGAGACGUGUUGUCCAAAAGCCUUUGGUAGAUUCCAUUCUGCAAAACCUAAAACCCGGUGGAAAGGUCUUUGUGCAGUCAGAUGUGCUCGACGUAGCUCAAGACAUGAGAGAUCAGUUAGACGAGGAAGCAAAGGCUCUUGAACAUGUGGACACAGUUGACACAGAGGAAGGUUGGUUAAGGGAAAACCCUAUGGGUAUACGAACUGAGCGAGAGAUACAUGCUGAACUCGAAGGUGCAAGGAUUUACAGAAGACUAUACCAGAAGAAAGGAUAGUCUCCAAUAAGAGGAAGCUGGGAGCUUUAAAAUUCACAUGUUCUUGAGCAGUUUGAUAUUUGCAGAAAAACCCAUAAAUUUCAGUUUUGUGAUAACUUUAAGUACAAAAUUCUUGAAAGAUUUUUAGUUUAAGAGAAGGUAUCUUUGUUGGAGGCAAUAGAAUAAGC